UAACUAAAGCCUAAGUUGGCCCAGCUCUGUCUUUAACAUAAAUUCAUGUUCACAAUACUGUUAGCUUUCAAAAAUCAAAUAUUAAACGAUUGUUAAUCGAUUUGAGAUGCCAGCAGACAAAAUUCUUAGCGAUAAACUUGAUGCCCAGUUGGACAACGAAUCAGCCAAGGAAACAUUGCUUCAACGGCAUCAUUCCGUCCACCUUCUACCCAACAAUGAAGCAUCCAAUCCAUCGAAGCCAACAUCAACUCAUUCCCGUUCCCGUUCAAUGAAUCCUUAUCACUACGUUGGCGGUCAUCUCAACAGAAUCAUUAUAAGAUGUAUUCUAAUCUUAUGCAUAAUCAGCUUGAUUUUGCAUUUGAUGCCACAUCAUCGUCUAAGCACCGCAAUUAGUCACAAAUCCAACGGAUUAGCUAUAUUAAUUUGGAAUGAAUCAGAAGAUGCUCCCGAUUGGACGCCACUGCAAUGCGGUUGCCUGGUGACCGCCAAUCGUAAUUAUUACAAAGGAAACAUUGAUGCUGUUGUUGUCAACGUGGAUCGUCCUUACUCUCUACGUCAGCUGAAGGAUAUCAAGCACACACCCAACUAUCUAAUGGUGUUGGCAAGCACAUCUCCCUUGAGCCUGGCACAAAAUCCACUUUAUGAUCAUGCCAACUCUCCGUUUAACUUUACAAUGAGCUACCGCCUAGAUUCGGAUUUAGUUUGGUCAUCGCAUUAUUUCUCCAAACUAGGCGAACUCAAUACCCGAGUGCAGCAAUUUGAUGUGCCAAAUGAGAACUUUAUGGAAACGUGGACAGUGCAGCAGCAAUAUGAUUUCCGCAUCAAACUGAAGAGAAAACACUUGCUAGCUGGCUACAUGAUGUACGCAGUGAAUGAUUAUUCGCUGCCCGAAAGUCUUUAUCUACAGGAACUGCGCAACCACAUCGAACUCGAUGCGUUUAUGGGCUGCAAUCAGUAUCAAGACUGCUCUCACUACAAGUUCAUGCUGAUCUUCGAUCCCAGCGUAUGUCCGGACUUUGUGCACCCUCAGUUCUACAUGGCGCUGGCUAACUUUGUGGUGCCCGUGCUCAUUGGUGGCAGCAAUCUAACGCAACUUGCACCACCCGGCUCCUACAUUAGCAGUCAGCAAUUCAAUUCACCCAAAGACUUGGCUCAGCAUCUGAAGCAAGUGGCUGAAGAACCAAUGUUGUACGAACAAUUCUUCUGGUGGCAUUCCAAGUAUCGGCUGCAGCAGAUCAAACAACCUUACUGCGAACUGUGUCAUCGACUACAACAGCAACCGCGACCACAUCGCAAUCCUGACGCGUUCCUCCAGUGGUGGACUCAAUACCAAUGUUCGAAUAGCACCAACCGCUUGGGUUGGUCGGCCUGAUGAUCUGUUAGCGAGUCCCAAUCAUAAUUAUCGCUCGCCAAAUUGGCCGAGUUAAAUAUUUUUAUUCCACGGAAUUUCGGCGGCACUCCAUUGACCUCGCCGACGCGACGCGACGGUUUUAGAGCCAAUAAUUAUACUCUCUCGGGUUUGCCCUUUAAAAACUUUCAACUUUGUCAUAAAGCCUGUUUUGCCUUUGUCUAAAUUUAACGAUUUUUGUUGUGGAUUUUUGGUACUAUUAAAAGUU